AUGGUUUUUCCUAAAACUACAACAAUGAAUGUAUGUUGUGGAAUAAGAAGAAACAAUAGCAAAGCGCGAGUUCUUUGUGACACUAGCCGUCCAUUAGAUGAAGUGAAAAGUGUCUUAACACAAUGUUGUGUUUUCACAUUUCACAAUCCGCAUCAUAUUUGCUGUAUCAGUGAUGUUUUUUUCGAUGAAAAUUGCGAUGGAAAAUUUUUUCAAAGGGGCGAGGCUGGUUAG